CGUGUGUGCGUGCGUGCGACUCUUGUCGGCAGUCUCGGUGAGUCGCACGGAUCUAACAGCCGCCUUUGUGUGCGUGAUGUACCGUGGUCGACGCAUCUGUGAGGAGCGAUACAGCCAGCUGCUUAGUUCGGAUGUGAGAGUAGCUUACAGCUGGAUUGUACCUGUCGGAUACAGCUGGCAACAUGCGUAACUAAGUGAUGGAAGAAAAAGAGGCCAGUGGAUCCCUUGUCAGCUCCAACUCCCAAUGAACAAUAUGGAGGAAAUUCAUCUUGCCAUGAUAUCUGGAAACGUCCAUCAUAUCAGACCUUUCAGCACAAGUCUUAAUAGCAUCUGUUCAGAAGUGUAAAAGAAACAUAUUAAAACAUCACCUCUCCCUCCCUGCUUUCUCGGUAACCCUACUACUGGAACUACUGGACAAUUUACUCAUGUGAAGAUAGUGACACAAAGACUGUUAACCACAACUACUGUUCUCCUGCCACGGCCUUUUUCCCUUUUGAAAAUAUAUUUUUAUAAGAAAUAUUUAUUAGAAUAUAACUGCCCAUUUUAUUCAUAAAACUUUGGAUCUUUAAAAUCUGUUGGAUCAUCUUAACAUUUCCUUUAAUUGGCUUUCCGUCAGUUGGAUUAAAACAUUAUUUGCAGCCAUGGGUCUUGUAGGUUUUUAUAUCACUCUACAAGUGUUCCUCAGCACAUGUCUGGGACUGGAAUUUUUAGGCACACCAGGUCAGUGGGCCCGCUACCUCCGCUGGGAUGCCAGCACCCGAGGCGACCUCAGCUUCCAGUUCAAGACCGAGGCCUCGGAGGCUCUGCUGCUGUACUUUGACGAUGGAGGCUACUGUGACUUUCUGCAGCUGUCAGUGGUGGGGGGCCGACUGCAGCUUAGUUUCAGCAUCGACUGCGCUGAGACCUCGAUCUUGUCUGACAGACGGGUGGAUGACAGCAGCUGGCACUUUGCCAGUCUUAGCAGGUAUAACCUGCGCACAGUGCUGGUACUGGAUGGCCAGGCCAAAGCAGACGAGGUACGGCCACAGCGCCAGUUCAUGAACAUAGUCAGCGACCUUUUCCUGGGUGGAGUGCCUCAGGAUAUCCGCAAAGGUGCGCUCACACUGUGUACAGUGCGAAACAUGCAGCCCUUCAGGGGCUCCAUUACAGACCUCAAAUACGGUAUUUCACUACCCCUGCUCCUGGGAAGCCUCAAGGUGCCCCUGGAGUCAGAAGGGUGGUGCACGGUAAACCCAUGUGAGAAUGGAGGUACGUGUGCUGUGGUGGAUGGAGAGCUGUUCUGCGACUGCUCCAAAACCGAAUACAAGGGCCGCUUCUGCAGUGAAGAGGUCAACAAUGAUAUGCCAGGCCUUGCACAUAUGCUGGCAGAACAAGCUAAAAGCAAAGGUACAGCUUUUUCGAAAUCUUUCCUUUACCGCCUCUAUGAAAAACGGCGCUUGCUCUCCAGGGAAGAGAAUGUGGCCACGUUCCGUGGCUCUGAGUACUUCUGCUACGAUCUCUCCCAGAAUCCCAUCCAGAGCAGCAGCGAUGAGAUCACUCUCUCCUUCAAGACGUGGCAGCGCAAUGGCCUUAUCCUUCACACUGGCAAGUCAGCUGACUACGUAAACCUGGCACUGAAGGACGGCGCCGUCUCCCUCGUUAUCAAUCUGGGCUCUGGAGCCUUUGAAGCCAUCGUGGAGCCAGUCAAUGGAAAAUUCAAUGACAACUCAUGGCAUGAUGUCAAAGUGACCCGCAACCUCCGGCAGGUGACGAUAUCAGUGGAUGGGAUUUUGACCACCACCGGUUACACCCAGGAGGACUACACCAUGUUGGGUUCUGAUGACUUCUUCUAUGUUGGUGGAAGCCCCAGCACCGCGGACCUGCCUGGAUCUCCAGUCAGCAAUAACUUCAUGGGUUGUCUCAAGGAGGUGGUGUAUAAGAACAAUGACAUCCGUCUUGAGUUGUCCCGCCUGGCACGCAUUGUGGACCCUAAAAUGAAAAUCCAGGGUGAAGUAUCCUAUAAGUGCGAGAAUGUGGCCACUCUAGACCCAAUUUCCUUCGAAACUCCCGAGGCCUAUAUCAGCCUCCCAAAAUGGAACACCAAGCGGAUGGGAUCCAUUUCUUUCGAUUUCCGCACAACAGAACCCAACGGCCUCAUCCUCUUCACCCAUGGCAAACCUCAGGAGCGGAAAGAUGUUGCCCGCAGCCAGAAGAACACCAAGGUGGAUUUCUUUGCAGUUGAAUUGCUGGAUGGCAGCUUGUUCCUUCUGUUGGAUAUGGGCUCAGGUACUAUCAAGGUAAAGGCCACCCAGACAAAGGUCAAUGAUGGUGCCUGGUAUCACGUGGACAUCCAGAGAGAUGGACGCUCAGGGACCAUCUCCGUAAACAGCAGAAGGACCCCUUUCACAGCUAGUGGCGAAAGUGAGAUUCUCGACUUGGAGGGCGACAUGUAUCUGGGGGGGCUUCCCAAUGACCGCACCAACCUCAUCCUGCCCACUGAGCUCUGGACGGCAAUGCUCAACUAUGGCUAUGUGGGGUGUAUACGUGACCUUUUCAUUGAUGGUCGAAGCAAAGACAUCCGUCAGAUAGCUGAGGCACAAAAUGGCGCUGGCAUCAAACCCUCGUGCAACAAGCAACUUGGCAAACAAUGUGAGAGCUACCCAUGCAAGAACCGGGGAGUCUGCAAAGAAGGCUGGAAUAGAUUCAUCUGUGACUGCACUGGCACUGGAUACUGGUCACGCACCUGUGAGAGAGAGGCUUCCAUCCUCUCUUAUGAUGGCAGCAUGUACAUGAAGGUGGUGAUGCCAACCAUCAUGCACACUGAGGCUGAGGACGUCUCCCUGCGUUUUCGCUCCCAGCGGGCAUAUGGCCUACUCAUGGCCACCACUUCGCGAGAAUCAGCCGAUACACUCAGGCUGGAGUUGGAUGGCGGUCGCGUCAAACUCACGGUCAACCUAGACUGUAUCAGGAUAAACUGUAACUCCAGCAAGGGACCGGAGACCCUGUAUGCUGGGCAAAAGCUCAAUGAUAAUGAAUGGCAUACAGUGCGAGUGGUGCGUCGUGGCAAAACCUACAAGCUAACUGUUGACGAUGAUGUAGCAGAAGGCCAGAUGGUGGGCGACCACACUCGUUUGGAGUUCCACAACAUUGAAACAGGAAUCAUGACAGAGCGUCGAUUUGUUUCCAGCAUCCCAUCCAGCUUCAUUGGUCAUCUGCAGAGUCUUAGAUUUAACGGCAUGCUCUACAUUGACCUGUGCAAAAAUGGUGACAUUGAUUAUUGCGAGCUCAAUGCACGCUUUGGGAUUCGUUCUAUCAUCGCUGACCCUGUCACCUUCAAAUCCAAGAGCAGCUAUCUGAGCUUGGCUACCUUACAGGCCUAUACAUCCAUGCACCUCUUCUUCCAGUUCAAGACAACCUCCCCAGAUGGCUUCAUAAUCUUUAACUCUGGAGAUGGCAACGAUUUUAUCGCCGUAGAACUGGUCAAAGGAUACAUCCACUAUGUUUUUGACCUUGGAAAUGGGCCCAACCUCAUCAAGGGCAAAAGUGACAGGGCAUUGAAUGACAACCAGUGGCACAAUGUGGCCAUCACCCGAGACAACAGCAACACCCACACUCUGAAAGUGGAUGCAAUAGCCACUACUCAGAGUAUCAAUGGAGCCAAGAAUCUGGACCUAAAAGGUGAUCUGUUCAUCGCAGGACUGGGUCCAGGUAUGUAUGGCAACCUGCCAAAACUAGUGGCUUCCAGAGAAGGCUACCAGGGAUGUUUGGCAUCAAUCGACCUCAACGGUCGCCUCCCGGAUCUCCUCAAUGACGCCUUGUUUCGCAGCGGGCAAAUAGAACGUGGAUGUGAAGGUCCCAGCACCACCUGUCAGGAGGACUCCUGUGCCAACAUGGGUAUUUGUAUCCAGCAGUGGGAGAACUACACGUGUGACUGCUCCAUGACCUCCUACACUGGCACACAGUGCAAUGACCCUGGCACAACGUACAUCUUUGGUAAAGGAGGAGGACUCAUUACAUUUAAGUGGCCAGCUAAUGAAAGACCGAGCACCAGGACGGACAGGCUGACCGUUGGCUUUAGCACCUCCCUGAAAGAUGGCAUCCUGGUCAGGAUUGAAAGUGCACCUGGUCUGGGGGACUAUCUGAUGCUGCACAUUCAACAAGGCAAAAUUGGAGUGACAUUCAACAUUGGCACAGUGGAUAUCAGUGUCCAGGAGGGCAGUACCCCUGUAAAUGAUGGGAAGUAUCAUGUUGUUCGCUUUACCAGAAAUGGUGGCAAUGCUACACUGCAAGUGGAUAACUGGUCGAUCAACGAGCACUUCCCAACAGGGAACAGUGACAUUGAACGCUAUCAAAUGGCCAAUAAGAAAAUUCCUUUCAAAUACGCCAGACCAGUAGAAGAAUGGCUGCAAGAGAAAGGACGGCAGCUAACAAUUUUCAACACUCAAGCAGCAGUGGCAAUUGGUGGUAGUGAUCAUGGCCGGCCCUUUCAGGGUCAACUGUCUGGCCUUUAUUACAAUGGCCUCAAAGUGUUGAACAUGGCUGCUGGGGGAAACCCCAACAUCAAGAUUAAUGGAAGUGUGAGGUUGGUGGGUGAUGUACCCAGCGUAGCAGGCUCAGCCAGGACCACCGCCAUUUCACCAGAGAUGUCAACGACUUUUAUUGAGACUACUACCAUGAUGUCUACCACUACCACGCGGAAACACAGAUCCUCCUCCACAGUGCAGAAGCAUACAGAUGAAAUGGUGUCAUCUGCAGAGUGUCCGAGUGAUGAUGAAGAUCUGGAGGAGUGCGGAACUACAGCAGGUGGGACAGCACUCCCCACAGAGCCGGGCGUCAGGCGAGUUCCAGGGCCCUCGGAAGUGGUCCGUGAAUCUAGCAGCACCACCGGAAUGGUCAUCGGAAUAGUGGCGGCGGCUGCCCUGUGCAUCCUCAUCCUUCUGUAUGCCAUGUAUAAGUACAGGAACAGGGAUGAAGGCUCCUACCAGGUGGACGAGAGCAGGAACUACAUAACCAACUCAGCUGUGCAGAGCAAUGGCGCUGUCAUCAAGGACAAAAAGCAGAGCUUGAAAGGCAGCAACAAGAAACAGAAAAAUAAGGAUAAGGAGUACUAUGUGUGACUGUGAGACUUUGGUGAGCAUGAAAGAGUGAAGAAAGAAAGCCCUAACAGAACAUUUAUGUAUCGCUUUCCUCGCGAGGAGCUAUGACAAAUGAUGGUAAUACAUGGAACUUGAAUAAUAUACUGUGCUGAGUAGUUGAAAUGAUUAUAUGUACUGUAAUAUAAAGCACACUUACUAUUGUAAGCAUAACGAAAAGGCUAAAUAGCAACUUUAGAGACCUUACUCUUCUAUCUGGUCUGAGACGUUAUCAGUAUAGAUUUUACAGCUACAUCAUUCUCCGAAGUGACUUUUUGAGCUUGGUGAUCCUUGGCAUUAUACAACUUUUUUUUGUGGAAAAGUAUUCAUUACAAAAGGCUCAUAAUCUUAUAUUUUCAGCAUGUAAGAAACAUGUAGUACUUAACAAGAGGGGUCAGGCCAACUGUAAUUUAAAAAAAGGACUCUUGGUACAUCUGAGUAUGACACAUUUUUAUGGUUUAUACAUUAUACAAGUGUGUUGUCCAACAUAUUUUGCUGAAAGCAAAAGGAAAAAAAAUACAAGAUAUUUCUGUGUAUGAAUGAUACCAAGUGAGAAAAAUUGCCACAGAUCUCCUGAAACCUGUUUGCUCUGGCAUCUGAUUCGUAUUGUUUGACAGACGUUGCAGAAAGAAGUGGCUGUUUGUCUAGGUAGAAAUCAACUGAUUGUUAACUGCAUGCCAACCUGAUUCUACAGUAAAGUACAGUACAGUAAAAGUCCAGUAAACGGUGUUCAACUUGGACCAUGUUCUCUUAUUUAAUGCCAAACAAUUAUUCAUUAUCUGAUCAGAGCUGAGACCCUAACCUGUUUUCCAAACCUUCAGAAGUAUUGAACGUGGAAAAAUCUCUUAAAAUGUAUUAUUGAUGCACAGCCAGUGGUGGUUUUAUCUUUUUGCAAAACUGUAUGUUGGUUUGUUGCCUGUUGUUCUCAUUUUCUAUGGAGGAGUGAGGAGAAAGAUACAUGCAGUACUACAACACUGUUAACAAAUGUUUAUACAGAAUCAAAUGUUGAAAGUGUCAAUUAUAUCUGCUGUCACAGUAAACUGUGUCAAAAACAUAAAAUUUGUUUACAUAUUUUAUUACAUGCUAGCUGUUGUACUUUGUAGGUAGAAAACUGUACAUAUAUCAUGACAGUUGUAAUUUUUAGUACUUCUAUUGUACAGACACAUGAUUUAUUGACGUAUUUUAUGACAGAUCUAUUAACUGUUAAUUUAAAUGGCGAAAACUUGGAAUGUGGAGAAUAACAUUGAUACUUCAUGAAGAAUAAAAUGUAUUGUUAGCCUAGAGUUCUAACCAGAGAUGUUUCUAAAGUUGCAUGAAUAUUGAACUACUUGCAGUUGUCCAACAAAGGUGCCCUUUCUUCUGUAUCAUGGCUUACAUGUUCUGGGGUACACUAGUGAUAUUUCCUUUUGAAAGAGAAUAAAGUCCGAGUUAUGACGAAUACAGAAAGACAAAGAGGCCGUAAUAGAUGGGUUUUCACAUCUCAGAAGAGCUAAAAUGGUGGUGGUUUUUGUAUGCGUGUUGGGGUUGGGUUGGGCCUAAGUGGGACUGGUCACCUUAAAUCAUUGUCUUGUCACCUUUUUAUCAUUAGUCAAUGAUAAUAUACUGUCCAUUUGUGUUUCCAUUAUCUGCCAUUUUCAUUUAAUGAUGUAAAGGCGCAAUCUUUUACUUUCCAGAAGUCCACAAUUUGUGUUAUAAUUGUUACUUUUCAUAACCUUUUUUCAUCAGUUUGAUAACAAAUAAAACAUUAUUUUUUCUCUGAAAUUA